AACGCACUCCCAGCCCCUCCUGACUACUCCCUGCGGGACGGCUGGGUGUGAGGGUGGCAGCCUUGUGCUCAAGCCGAGGCUGGGCUGGAGGAUGGAGAAGGACACGGGGACCACACACAGGAGGCACCGGCCCGGCCCCAGGGCCCUGCCCUCAGGAGUGGCCCUUGGGCACCUCAAGGCGGCCAGUGAGGCCUCUGAACUUCGGCGAAGCAGGAGUCUGGGAGGCCUGCAGCCCGAGGAGGACCCUCCCAGCCGCCCUAGGAAGCCUCACAAGGAGCUGGAGUCCGAAGAUCAAGGGAAAGACCCAAGCAGUAACGCGGAAGAUGCCAGCUGUCAGGAAAACCUAGCACAAGACAAGAAGGAAAGCUUCAGCACCCUUGGGAAGCUGGGUCAUGAGAGUGGAAAACGAGACCCAGAGAGGGAGAAGAGCAACUUGGAGGCCAGCAUGCAGGAGGCGCAGGAAGGCAAGCACGCAGACGGAGGCUUGCAGGAGGCCAAGGAACAGGAGGCAGAGUCCAUAAAGCUAAAUGACCUUCAGGAAAAAGAGAAAGCAUCUGUGUUUGUGGAGACUGAUCUGGGAGACCAUGCUGAGGAGGUGGUCACCGAUGCCAAGAAGGAAGAGAAGCCGUCCCAGAUGGAUGUGGAAGAUCUGUCAGAAGACGAGAUGCAGACCAGCUGGGUGUGCUGCAUCCCGUACUCCACCAGGAAGAGGGCGAAGGAGAGCGCCUAGCGCCCGGGAGAGGGUGCUCAGAGCUUGGCGAAGAAGAGGAAGGAGACGGGGCCUGGAAGGAGCGAGAGCACAGACUGCGCCUUUGGGCUAAAGAUCCCGCCAGCCCUGAGCAACGCUGGGGUGCCGAUGACCACACCAGGUGUGAGCCACACCUGAAACCCACUGCCCACUGGGUGAGUGAUGACGUGACCUUCAACAAACACAAUAAACAAGCACGGGAAGAUGCUCCUCCUCUCCA